UAACAGGCUCUUUCUAUGCCCUUUCUAAGCCCUCCGUUGGAGACUGACAUUGCAGGCAUCACUAUAUUUAGCGGGAAAUUUAGUGGUAAAGUGAAGAAUUCAGGUUCGAGCGCAGGGGAAAUAGGUGUUUCUGUUUGCGCCUGUGGUGGUCAUUUUUACCGUUUUGUUUGGAGAGAUGUCGCCCGUAGAGGCUUCCCGCGAGGAAAAUGUGUACAUGGCGAAGCUUGCAGAGCAGGCGGAGCGGUAUGAAGAAAUGGUGGAGUUUAUGGAGAAAGUGACUAAGGGUGUGGAAGUGGAGGAACUGACUGUGGAGGAGCGCAAUCUUUUGUCUGUGGCUUACAAGAAUGUUAUCGGCGCGCGCAGGGCUUCGUGGCGGAUCAUUUCGUCCAUUGAGCAGAAGGAAGAGAGCCGCGGCAACGAUGAACAUGUGGUGAGCAUAAGAGAGUACAGGGCCAAGGUAGAGGCCGAGCUUACCAAGAUUUGUGACUCGAUCCUGCGCCUCCUCGACUCGCAUCUCAUUCCUUCCUCUACCACUGGUGAGUCCAAGGUCUUUUAUCUCAAGAUGAAGGGCGAUUACCAUCGCUAUCUUGCUGAGUUUAAGACAGGAGCAGAGCGCAAGGAGGCCGCAGAGAGCACCUUGCUCGCUUACAAGGCUGCGCAGGAUAUUGCGGUGGCUGAGCUGACCCCAACGCAUCCUAUUAGGCUUGGCCUGGCGCUUAACUUCUCUGUGUUUUAUUACGAAAUUUUGAAUUCGCCAGAUCGUGCCUGUGCCCUCGCUAAAACGGCUUUUGAUGAGGCAAUCGCUGAAUUAGAUACCUUAGGUGAAGAUUCUUAUAAGGACAGUACUCUCAUCAUGCAGCUCCUGCGUGACAAUCUCACGUUAUGGACGUCAGACAUGCAGGAGGAUGCAGGAGAGGAGAUCAAAGAUGCUUCCAAGCUUGAGGAAGGUGGAGAGCAAUAGUUAUUAACAGACACCUAAUCCUGUAUUAAGGCAGUAGAUUAUCAGGCAUUCCUGCUGUAAUUUGUAACUGGUUCCUUUGGGUGUGAUCUUGUUUAUUAGAUCUGCUACUUUGCAGAGUGUAUUGGCUAAUAAACUAUUGUUACCUGCAAUUAUGUUGUCAUUAUAAACAAUCCAUAUUACUAGUCAAUGAUUGGAUAUAGUGGGCUUGGUAAUGUAAGUUUGAUGAGUGAGCCGAGAAGUAAAUUUGUAACCCCAUUCUGUCUUUCUGUUUUAGUCUCUACUCAUGUUCUAAUUCCUUUAACGGAAUAUUUUUCCUGAAUGAAACCCCAUCGGUUUCUAGCCUAAUACAAAUAUAUGAUAUUAUCCUUUAUGAAUCA